AUGGAAGGCGUUUUCGGAUCCGAUCGAAACCAAGCAAAAGAGAAGAACAGACCGAAUAGCAGUGCUGAAAAUGCCACAGAAGAGGAUGUCGUCAAUAGUUCAGCCGGACCAAGAGACCGCCAUGGCCAGUUCGCAUGGCAGCCUUAUCCGCUCAGGCCUUUCAUCGAGCGUCUCGACUGGGUCUUGGAUAUAUUCUGCAACUUCCGCGGCAUGGGCUGGAACUGGCGAACUUCUGCUCUCCCACCGCCUCCCAAGUUCAUCCAGGAGCAACUGCACGCCAACUCAGGUGACGUGGUGCCAAAACACUCGUACAGGAUUCACGAUGGACAAGUAAAGCUCUAUACAGACAGGAAAGAGUUGCUCAGGAAGAACGCGUGGACAUUUGUAAAAGGUUACUUCAUCAUAGAUGCGCUGAAGACGACAAUGAUGUGGGAUCCUUAUUUCUGGGGCUAUGUCGACAGAGCACCACCGACAUACCUUCCUUCCAUCCUCACAAACAGUCCGGUCCUAACUCACAUAUACCAUCUGACCCUAUCUAUGCUCGCUGUCAAAUACGCGCUCCAAACCAUCUUCUCCCUAGGACCGCUCGUCUUCUCUGGUUUGCUCUCUUCCUCUCUCCUCGGAGCGCGUGCAGAACCGUGGAUGUACCCCGAAACCUGGGCACCGUAUAGCGUCGUCCUAAACAAAGGACUAGCCGGGUGGUGGGGAAGUUGGUGGCACCAAACUUUUCGGUUUGCAUUCCAGGAACCAAGCCGCAAGCUUAUUGAGGUUUUUGGUAUGGACAAGAAGAGUCCGGCAGCAAAAGCUUUACAACUGUUCAUCGCUUUCUUCCUGAGCGGCUUUGUACACGGUAGUGGGAGCUGGACUUGUGCUGGAGAUACCCGACCACUUCGAGGACCAAUGACAUUCUUCCUUCUCCAAGCGCUUGGUAUUUUCGCUGAAGUCACUUUAACACAAGCCGCAAAAUCCGCUGGACUAGGUCGCAAUCUACCUGGUUGGCUGAAGCAGGGAUUCACCUUCCUUUAUGUCCACGUCUGGUUCUACUUCACGGCCCAUCUUCUCUGCGACGACUUUGCGAGAGGUGGUGUAUGGCUUUUCGAGCCGGUUCCUCUUUCCUUGUUCCGAGGUCUAGGAUUCGGUCCUGAUGCAAGAGACGGGUUGUGGUGCUGGGGUGGGCAACUGGUACGGUGGCAUAGCGGAGAUACAUGGUGGACAACUGGUAUUGCAUUCUAG